AUGGACUCUUCCACCUUGCGUCUGAAGGCGCGGCUGCCUGCGGAGGAUGAGAUCGAAAAUUGGGACGAUGAGGACUUUUUGAUUGAUGGAGAUGAUCUUGCCUUCCACUCGCUUUCGAACUCGGCCAACAUCUUUACCAACCGCCGCGAUUCGCAAUCCUCGUUCAGGUCCGACUUUGAGUCCAUCCAUGGCGAGGAGGAGAAGCAGGUCCAUUUGCCUGACAAUGACGAGAAGUCGACUCUCGAUGCGAUAGCCGCUGCCGCAAAGGCCGGUAUUCCGCUUCCCCAGAAUGUGCCGCCUUCCGCUCUUAUGGGAGGGACAAUCAAGAGGCUCGGAGGCCGGAAGAUCAAAAAGAUAUUUCAAGAGGAUUGGGUUGACGACCUUGAGUUUCCCGAGGGACAGGCGCUGCAGAUCAAACCCCGGGAUAGCGCCCAGUUCCCCGAAGUUCUUCGCCAGGUCAGCAACUCGACCCAGCCAAGUCCGUCAAAGCCGCCGAAGGAGUUCCAUGCACUGGUCCAUGAGGGAGCCAAAGAAAUCAAGUCGACACCUUCCUCUAGCUUCAUCGACCUGGAAAAGUUUCGCGAUGCUGAUGACGACGAUGACUUCUUCGGGAAUGGGGGUACGACUAUCAAGGUAUCGAAGAGACGCGAAACGCCAAAACCUCUUUCCCUGAUUACGCCGCCAACGCCUCAGAAGCCUGUCGGCGGAAACGUUGGCACAGAGGAGGAUUUCGAGGCGGAUUUCGAGCUCCCGGAAGAUGGCAAGCUCAAACUCUCGGCCAAGAGCGACAUCCCAAAGACACCCACAUUUGCCACCCUCCUGGAUGACCUCGACUGGGCCGAAGGUAGUCUAGGGACAAGAUUUGGCGGUACUCGACGCGACGCCCAGUCUGCCAGAAGCUCCUCUGUUUCUGCCUUCAGUCCCAGUAUUGCGAGUUCGGUUGUCGAGAGCGAGGAUGACACAUUCGAUGGUCUCAUUAUUCCCAAUGGACCGCUUGAUCUUGGAGAGCGCUUGAAGCGUCGCCGCCGAAGCCGCUCACCUCCACGCAUUCCCCAGGAGCCCAUACUGGAAGAGCCUACCAGAGAGGAAUCCAUCAGACAGGCGCCGGCCAAGGAGGAGAGAGAGGAUUUUCUCGCCGGACUCGACAUCGGUGACGGAGAAGUUUUCGAUUCGAGGAAGUUGACACUGCAUCGCAACAUUCAGGUCAAAGCGACCAGACCCGCUAGCCCCUCACGGCCCAAAGCUUCAGUCGCACUCAAGUUUACAAACAAACCUAUCACAGCAUCCCGCCUCCCGCGACCUAUGGGACCCAUGUCUGGGAAGUGCAUCGGCUUCCUCAACACCUUCUACGGUCACCAUGGCCCCGUCUACACCACGCAGGAGGGAUCUUGGGCAAAAGGCAUCGCAGGUGUCACAUUGGCCCGCAAGGCUCCGGUGCCCUUCCUGCCAGCUGGGGCUUCGGCGACUCAGUCGUACAAUAUCAACGCAAAAAGCUCGCGUAUUUUCCGCCGUCACGACUCAGAAACAAGCAUCGAGUUCCGGCCAAAUUCCCGAGCGGUGUCUCGUUCGACAAUACGAUCGCCUAGUCCGCGCCCGUUUCGGUCGGCAGAGAAAGUCACGCCAGAUGGUGCUUGGGGCAAGCUUAGCAUGCCCCGACGGGCGCGGAACUUUGGCGAUGGUCAUGAACUGGAUGCAUUUGAUGAUCUGCCAACAUCCACCCAAGCAGAAGCAAAAUUUCUGAAGCAACCAGUCACUGCCAAGUCGCAGACGCGAAGCAGGGGCUAUCAGAACAUCCUGCCAGACCGCAACGUCACUCCGUCACCUCGUACACCUUACACCUCCCGAGUCGACUGCGUGCCGAGUUUCGCUCGCGAUACUGCCGCCAGCCGGAUCGCACGAGAGACGAUUCUGGCGCAGCGGAAUCCAUCUGGCGUGAUUGCGCCGCUGACCGCUCAGCGCGUUGCUCAGCUCUCAGUGAGAGGGAGCUCCAAUCAGCCUUCAUCUUCGCAACCAACUGUCAAGGCCAAGAAGGUGCGAAGAUCGCCGCAAUCCAAGCCGCAUUUGAUAUCAAACCUGAAUCCACCAAAAGACCCGAAGUUGGUCAAAGGCAUGUGGUACAACCCGGAGACAUUCCGAUGGGAAGGUAACGACAACGCGCUGAGUGCAUUUGAUGUUCCAGCUUCCUCUCCGUCUACCACAUCGGUGCCUCAACACGCGGUCCGCGAGCGGGAGACGGCUACACCGCGCCCGGCGUUGAUCACCAACAUUGGCGCCACCAAGGGCGUCCAGGUAGUUGGUGGCAUGGUUUUCGACCCGCAAAACAUGUGCUGGCUUAAGCUUGCCCCUCAGACCCGAUCAGAAAGAAGCGACACGCUGGACGGCUUCAACGCCAUGGACGACGAGGAGGACGUGUUCAAAGACAUUCCGGACCUAGAGGAGCGUACCAUGGCAUCUAGCGACGGCGGCAAUGUCCGAGUCAGCGACGUCAACCACGAGUGGCCGGUGGGCGAGGAGUUUGACGUUGGACCAGAGUUUGUGCGGCGUCAGCGCGAGGAAGAGGAACGGUGGAGGAAGAAGUGCCAUGUUUGGAUCAACAGCCAGGUUGACCGCGGCAACGCCUGGAAGUGGGCCAUCCGCGACAUUGUCAGCCAGAGUUUGGCUGAGCAGGAAGAACACGGCACAGUACGAAAAAGCGCGCCACAGCCGACAGCCGCAAACAUGGCGACAGAGCUAACCUUUGCCAAAACCUUCCUCUCCCUCCUCGACUCAAAACCCUCUAAAAUCUCCCCCGACCACAUUGAGGACCCGCGCAGUUACCCAGGCACUUCGCCCUACAUCCUCCCGCGACACCCCUCCUAUAAACCCUUCUCCAAGUCCACCUACUCCUCCCAGACCACACCGGACACCACCACCGGCGGUAGCAGUAGCAGCAGCGCAAAGAAGAAAACCCCCGGUUCCGAGCGCGCAGUCAAAGUCGUCCUCCGCUCGCCACGCAACCCGCCCUUCGAGGUCGUCCUGCCCGCCUGCGCGCUCUCGACCUCGCUAGCCGAGGUCAAGGAGCGCGUCGCAGACCAGACGGGGAUUGAGGUCGAUAAGAUCAAACUGCUGCACAACAAGAAGCCGGCGGGGGCGGAUAGCAAGUCCCUGAAGGACCUGCUCCCCGCGCCUACCGAGGCCAGUAUUGGGGAGGUGGAGUUGGGGGUUAUGAUACUCGGUGGUGCCGCGGCGGUUGUGCUGAAGAAGAAGGAGGAGAAGCAGACGGCUGGGGAAGACGGAGGAAUUUUGGGGAGAUUUGAAGGGCUUCUUGCAGCAGCGGGUUAGGGACGAGGCCGUUGCUGGGGAGGCGGUGGGCGUGUUCAAGACUGCUUGGGACGGGAGGUCGUCGAAGGAUGUAGAUAUGGAUUAGAGUCGAUGGAGCGGGGUGAAGGGGUAUGAUCAAGCCGCGUAAUGCGAUAUCGGCAUUGAUUCAGGGCUACCAACUCGUAUAGCACCAUCUUCCCGCU